CCCGUCUGAGUCUGCACAUAACUGCGCAAAGGCUGCGCAUUUGUAUCCCCUUGAUUAACCUCCUCUAACGCGGAAGUUGCGGUUCAAGUGCUGGGAAUUGAAAUCUAAAACACGAUAGGGAUCCGCUCUCCGUAAAUAAUUGCUCUUUUAGAGUGUCUUGUAAAUGAUGCACAUUCUCCAUUCUGAAAAUGCAUAGCACUUUGAAAAAGUGGAAGAAGACGUUUGCCGAUUUUGCACCGGAUAUAGAGCUGACCUGUGGGGUAGUGAUUGUGAUCGUGCUGUCAUGUGUUUUUAGUGUCAUACCAUAUUACUUAGAUAUUUCAGAGCACUUUUUCAGUCUGGAGUCCAGUGCUGUUAUCAGCGGCCAUGUCUACAAACUCUUCACCUAUUUCCUCUACCACAAGAAUAUGAUGCUUUUGUUCCUAAGUAGCGUCCUGAUGGCGUUACCCUGUAGCGGGCUGGAGCGAGGAAUCGGAACGGUCAGAUUCCUCUACCGGUCACUGCUGCUGUCGUCCAUCUGUGGACUCCUACAUGUGCUGCUGGAGUCACUGCUGUUCUCCCCGUCCAGUAGGAGCUCAGUAAAUGGGCUCGUCCCAUUAGCCCUGUCUGUCCUGGGAAUGAUGACCAUCAAUUCUGCUAUGCGGAAGGCGUAUAUUAUGGGCGUCAGUGUGCCUACUGCAUCUCUCCCCUGGAUUAUUCUAAUAAUUCUAACCCUGUUCUUUCCAAACACUUUUUUCCUUUGCAAUGUCCUGGCCAUCAUUACAGGAAUGUUACAUGGGAUGGGAUGGCUUUCAUUAUUAGAGAUGUCAGAAUCUAGAGCUUCCGUUUUGGAGAAGAAGUUCCCUUUUCGCUUGCUAAAGCAUAUACCUGGUGUCCAGUUCGUUCCUGCAUCGACUGAAGAGCGCAAAAAGCCACUUGACCUCACAGACGCUCCACCAGGGUCGUACCCUGUCCAGGCCUACGCUCCAGUAAAUGCCACCAAUGGUCAAGUUAUAGGAAGCCUGCCCAACACAUUCGAUGGUUGGCCCGUCUCACUAUAUCCUCAACAGAAAUACACAUUUACUUCACCUUACGCUGGAGUCGGCGUAGGUCACAAUCAUGGACAUGGACACAGCCAUGGACAUCAUCAUGGGCACAGCCAUCACACCGGCAGCCCAUGGAUGCCAAUGGCCCCAUACGCUCAGCAUCAGUUCAGGCCUCCAGUCAACCUGACACGUCAGCCAUUCACUAAACUACCUCAGCCAGGAGUGCCAUUCACACCUCCAAUCUCACAGUCACAGUCUGGAGUGCCUGCCUUUCCCACAACUCCUCCUGGAGCCCCAGUAUCAUCCUAGAGAUCUGAUGCCUCAUCUGCAGGGUUUUUUUUUUGUUUGUUUGUUGUUCAUUUUAUACAGUUGCUGUUUUGCUAAAGAACAUUUUGUACCUUAAAUUAAAAACUGAACUGAGUAAAAAUGCUUCUAU